AUGAACACAACCAACAACCAACUCGAGGGAGUCAGUCCGCUUCCUCAGGAUGGUGCUCAAUCCGACGAAGUGACGACCAAUGAUGUGGAGAUGGCCACUGAUGAGGAGAUGGAAUCCCAAGACGAGUCUGGAUCAGAUGAAGAGAACGAAGCUGAAGCCGAGUCUGGGUCCGACGAUGAUGACGACUCCGUCGAGUACAUGGACUACGGGUCGCCACAAUUUCUCCCGCUAGACGAUGCCGGGGGAUUACAAUACGGGCCGGAAAUGCAAAUGCUAGCAAGGCUUAUUGCUGCCGGCGGACAGUUCCCAGCGUCAUCGUCCACAUCUUCUCACCAACGCCACGUGAACAGAGACCCAUUCAACACGAAAUGGUUCGACAUAAAAUGGUCAGAGCGAGAAGACUACUAUGUUCCUGAGGCCGACUGUCCUUGGGAUAUCCCGUCUCGGCCCACAUUCAUGCCGCAGUCCAAACUCGGCGAUUCUCGAUGGCCCGCAGACAAGAUUUCCGCCCGUGGGGAAGAGCUCUGUAGCGUGGAGCUUGAUACCAUUCCCAGCUGGGAUUUGGCCGCCCUUUAUCAACGCAUGACAGAUCUCGAUGAGGUGUUGGGACACAUCAAAGACGACUGGCCGGUAAAGCGCGUUGAAAUCAGCAGCAAGCGUUUCCGCGUUUCCGUCAUCCCCGAUAAUGAGGAAGGAUGUCACCUGGAUCUUGCCAGACGUCUCCUGCGUCAGCACGAUGCCAUUAGGGACAUUGUUCAAGAACGAUCGCGACCCUACGUCAAGAACACUCGGUUCGAAGACUUGUCAUUCGAUCUCUACCAUCAGAUCAUCAACUAUUGUCGAAUCAUGCCUAGCAAGUAUGCCCUCGGCGAGAACUGCGGACUAGACCUCAUCAAGUCUUUUCGCCUCACCUGCAAGGCGCUGAAUGAGAUCGCUUCCCCACUUCUCAUCCGUGGCGUGACAGUUCACCUCACGACUGAAUCUCUGGAACGCUUGGAAUACAUUUCAAAACAUCCGCUGUUGAGCAAGGGAGUUAGUCACGUGGGACUCAGACUGGAUUAUUACGUCCCCGAAUUCCAAGACCCUCUUGCCUUUACCCUUGCCUCGGCAUUCCAUCUUCGGUCGCUGCUGGAAGAGACGGACUAUGAAGGAGAGGGUUUGCUGAAUAAAGUCAGGAUCGGGGCGGAAUUCAUUGAAGGAAUGCUGGACUCAUGGAUCGACCUCGCCAAAGAAUACCCGAGUCAGGACCAGGAGGCCGAUAUGGAUGCCGUCAAGAGAGACUGGGCUAACAAAUUCGCCGAAGUGCCCUUUCUCUUAGACGCCCAUCGAGCAUACGUCGAUAAAGUCAAAGAUUACGAAAAGACCCUAGAGGAUGACGGUGACUUCCUUUGCAGAGUUGCCGACGCAGUGGCACGCAUGCCUCUUUGUAAGGCUCUCACACUAUCCGAUCACGAUACCGACGCCUAUGAGAGUGCCAGCUGGUUACAGAAAUACCGGCCCUCUCAGAUACUGGAGCAUGGGCCCAUGCUAGAUCUACUCACGAGUCCAAAGAUUUGGAAUUGCAUGGCUGGUUGGCCGGGUCAGGAACUCUUCCCCGAAAUAAGCCAGCCUCCGGUCCAUAUACUCAGUGAAAUCUUUCCUGCUCUCGGUGCACGAGGCGUCAGGCUUCGUGCCGUCGACAUACAGGUUUCGGCGCCAUUCAGCUUGUAUGACCUCGAAAUUGAGGACGACGAGGCUCGACAAGAUUUCAGCAAGUGCAUGACAGAUGUCCUGUACCUCACGGUUAAGAUCAGACGUCCCCAAGUGCCGGAAAUGUAUGCUUGGGUUGGGAAUGAGACGUCUUGGCCUCCCCGCGAUGAGCAGGAGCUUUCACUUGUUGACUCGUUCCUUGACGCGCUUCUGAGCACAGAAAAACUGCAAGAUUUGAAGUUGAACUUCCAAUCGUUGCAAGAAGAAAACGAACACAUUCCAGGCUCGUGGUACUUCCCUUCUCUCUUCAAAAUGGAGACGAGGAAGUGGCCAUCUGAACGCAAAACAUCUCUCAAGCACGUUUGUUUGAGCUCUAUUGGGCUAGCCGACUUCCUCGCAGAUGGCGAGAUCGAUCUCAAGGAUGUCUACAUGGCCGAAGGAACGUGGACCGAAGCACUCGACAUUAUGCGGCAAAGACAUAAACCUCGUUCGGAAACAGAAACCCAAGCUGAGGCAGGAGGACGAGGCGUCCCGAGAUUCUCGGCCAACGUCGUGGAAGUACGCGGCGCCGAGGCCGAGACAAUGUACAACGAAGCCUAUGAAGAGUGGCGAAUGGCGUUCACAAAUGCCUUCAGAGGUCGGGGCCUCGACCCUUUUCAGGCGGAGGGAAUGCCAUCCCCGCCACCGGAUACUGAAUGGCGUGCUAGGCGCUAUGUUAACCACCAGCGAGACGAGAACCCUUGCCGGGCAUUCUUGUAG